UCGAAUAAAAACAUGGCGCACUUCUGUCAAACGCUUAUUUACUUUUGUGACGUUUGUUUAUUAUAAACCCAACAAAAUUUACUUUUCAGAAUCAUUAACAACAAAAAUUUCGGUUUUAAAUAAGUUGUUUAUUUCCUUGGGUCUACACUAUGAGUGGUCCCCGAAUGGGUAACUUAGGCCAAAUGAAUGGAAAUAGAAGACCAAUUUCUCGAAUGAAUUACCAUGACAGUAGACAGGGAUCUUCUUACCAGGACCAUAGACAGUCAUACCAAGACCAUAGACAAUCUUCACAUGAAGGCAGACAGUAUGAUAGACAUGAUAGAGGACAUGAUUCAAGACAUGAACAAAGGCAUGAUUAUAACAGGUCCCAUGACUUAAGACAGCAUGAAAAUAGACAAUAUGAGAGCAGACAGUAUUCUCAGCAACAGCAAAGUUCUCAUCAUCAAAAUCAUCUGCCCCAAGGGCCAACUGCUCAACAUGAUGAGUUAAUAAAAUAUAUUUAUGAGUCUUGGUCGAAAGUUGAAAUGGAUAAGGGGUCUAAUAAUGUAUUGUAUUAUCAAGAACAUGAGAAUUUUCAUUUAAAGGACUUUCGUCCAUUUGAUCUAGAAGCCUAUUGGGGUAGAAAGGUCCACCAAAACCACCAACACCUGUCAUAGCAAUUUAUUUGGUGAAUUCCAAAUUUCCACUUGAUUUAUUUAAUAUUUUAUGCUAGUCAGUGUGCAGACCACCAUAUUUUUACCAAAAAAAAAAUCUCAUAAAGCAUUGUAUUUCUAAAUGGCUUUUUUCUUUAGAAACAGUGCAACUAAAUGAAAUAUAUCCUUUUUGUUGGUACACUUUGAUUGCAUAGAAUUGAUUGAUAAAUUAAGUAAUUUUAUUUGGAGCAUAUAUUAGAACCAUUUUGUUGUUUUUUUUUUUAAUGUAAUGUAAUUUGGUCAAUUUAAUUAUUAGGGCGACAUACAUAUAGUUAAAAGUACUGUAGUAUCUGCUCAUAUUCAUUCAGAGGUAUGUAAAUUGUUUAAAAUAUUUUAAGAAUAAAAAAUAUGCAAGUUUUACUUUUUGAUGCAAAAGAGGAGCAAUAAUGUAUGAACCUUUAUAACAUCUGGCAAAAGUUUACUUCAUUCUCACCUGGUUUUUUGGCUUAUAUGAAGAUAUAGUGAUGCAACAUUGAUUCUUUUUAUUUUCUACAUUCCCAGUUUAUUUUAAACAACUGUAUGUAAUUUAAAACCAAUUUUAUUGUUGAAAUAAAAAAAGUAUUAUUUCAGAA